AUGUCGAGUCAUUUCCCAUCACUCAAGCGGGCCCAGACGGACCUUCCGGCGCAGUCAACUAGUCCGCUGCGACACGGCUCAACCGCGUCAACAAACUCCUCUGCUUACUCCAUAGCCUCAAGCUCGUUUGCCCCCAGUCGAACAAGCACAGUUUCCUCAAAUGCGUCGAUCCCGGGCACCCAAGCCCAUCGUCGAGGAAAAAGUGAAGUGAGCCCUGGGACAAUGGACCCCAACGGACAGGGAAGUUGGUCAAAUGCCGGAACAACAUAUGAGAGCAUCCGCCGGUCCCUGAGACCCCUUCAACAAGCGCCGAACGUCACUGCAUCUGCCACCAAGCCGAGCGCGUACCGACACUCUCGCAGCCAGACUAUCGACGAGCAACAACUCACCAAGGAGUACCGGCCCAUUACCCCAGAGUCGUAUCAUGUCCACUUCAAAGAAAACGAGUCGCCUCGUAAUAGAGCAGCUGCGUUCGAACCGCAAACGCCUCCGCGGGGAGCUACACCUCAACAUUGGUCACCCACACCCGCUCCAGGGUCAUCGCGCGCCUCAUCGCCCCAGAAAAGCCUGUCAAAUAGCCCACAUCCACCACAACUCACCACCGCCUUAUCUGCGCCGGAACUUGAGACGUUCCAAAAGUCAUCAACGCGUCAUCUCAGAACUCUAUCCAAGAUUGCGCAGUCUGAGAGCGAUGAUUUUCAAUUCAGCGCGGCAACACAAUCUGUGGUUGGAAUGCAAGGGCGGCGACGCUUGAAGCGCGCGGACUCAGUCGCUGGUGCACGACCUGGCGCGGUGUCCCCGGAGAAGCCCAAGGCGUCAUCGUGGGCUGCUGGAAACUGGAUGGAUCAACAGCGGCAAUUCCUGCAGGCUUACGAGUAUUUGUGCCAUAUUGGAGAGGCCAAAGAGUGGAUUGAAAGUGUAAUCCAAAAGGAAAUUCCGCCAAUUGUUGGGCUAGAGGAAGCUCUGCGAGAUGGAGUGACCCUAGCCGAGGUUGUGCAGGCAAUGUACCCAGAUCGGGUUCUGCGCAUCUUCCGACAUGCCAGGCUGCAGUAUCGCCACUCUGACAACAUCGCCUUGUUCUUCCGAUUCCUUGACGAUGUGGAGCUCCCUGAAUUGUUCCGAUUUGAGCUCAUCGACCUUUACGAAAAAAAGAAUAUUCCGAAGGUCAUCCACUGCAUCCACGCUCUGUCCUGGCUGCUUUUCAAGAAUGGCAUGCUGGAUUUCCGUAUGGGCAACUUGGUUGGCCAGCUGGAGUUCGAGCAUCAUGAGCUUGAAAAGACCCAGAAGGGAUUGGACAAGGCCGGUGUCAGCAUGCCUAGCUUUGCGGGUAUGGCUGCGAAUUUUGGCGCAGAGCCCGAGCCUGAGCCCGAGCCUGUCGAGUCCGAGGAGGAGCGAAUCGACCGUGAGCUGCACGAAAAUGAACAACCAAUUGUGGAUUUCCAAGGUCAGAUCAGGGGUGCUAUGCUGCGGUUAAAGCUUGGCAGCAUGAUGAAUGACCUUUGGGAUUUCGAGCCUUUGUUGAUCGACUUACAAUCACGCCUGCGUGGGGACUGGGCCCGACAGAUUAGUCAGUACCGACUGAGCAUGCGUCAAUUUUCCAUCCAGCUUCAAGCCAUAAGCCGCGGAUUUAUCGUGCGCCACCGCCAAAAAGGGGAGAAGCGAUGGCGGAAGGCUCAAGAAACCGAUGUCCUUCAACUACAGAGCCUCAUUCGUGCCUGCAAAGUGCGAGCAGAAGCCAGCCUUUUGCAAACACGCGCUCGGCGGGAGGAAUCUGGUAUCAAGGAGUUUCAAGCCGCCAUCCGAGGUGCGCUGAAACGCAAGAAUGUCUCCGAACAAUAUGAACAGACACGUUACGCCGAAAAUGAUGUUACGACUCUUCAAGCACUAAUCCGGGGUGCUUUGCAGCGAAAACAGUUGAGUGUACAGUCUCGGGAAGCCGAGCAAGCCAGCAGCCCGGUGAAAUCACUGCAGGCAGUGAUUAGAGGAAGUCUCGCCCGUCAGCACUUGUCCCAAGUCAAGACAUCUCUUCAACAUGAAACCGCCGCCAUCACCUUCAUUCAAUCCACCGCUCGUGCCUUGGCAUCCAUGAGACGUCAUGUGCAGCUAUUGCAUGCUCUAUCUAAGAACGAACGUGGAUGUACCGCAUUGCAAGCAUUUGUACGAGGUGCUGCUGUGCGUAAGAACAACUCAGCUCUCCGUUCCGAGCUUGCCCAGCAUGAAUCAGUUGUCAUUACCCUGCAAGGUAUCCUUCGAGGCAAGGCCACGAGAAAGCUCCUGGAGAUCCAGGAGGCCUCAUUGAAGAAGGAAGAAUCUGUCAUCUUGGACUUGCAGUCCAAGGUCAGAGGUGUUCUUCAACGCAGGCUCCGGGCGGCAGAACGACAAGACCUCAAAAAGGAGGAAAAUCUGAUCGUGGACCUUCAAUCCCUUGCUCGCUCUGCAAUUUUGCGCAUUGAAGUUGGUGGGAUGCUUGCUCGCCUUGAGGAUAGUGAAGAUGAUGUCGUCCAGCUCCAAGCAUUGUCGAGGGCUAUGCUUGUGCGGAUGCAAGUCGGCCAAAUGUUGGCUGUCCUGGAAGACGAGGGAGAUUUCAUCAUCGAUCUCCAGGCCCGCAUCAGAGGUUGUAUCGUCCGCAACCGCUUUGAGGAGAGACGCCGUCACUAUAACGAAAACAUGGAGAAGGUCAUCAAGGCUCAAAGCGUCAUCAGAGGCCGUAUCCAAGGCCAGGCAUAUAAGAGCUUGACGAGCGGGAAAAACCCACCUGUCGGCACUGUUAAGGGCUUUGUCCAUCUUCUCAAUGAUAGCGAUUUUGAUUUCGACGAGGAGAUUGAAUUCGAACGAUUGCGAAAGUUGGUUGUUCAACAAGUGCGUCAAAACGAGCUUGCAGAGCAGUACAUCAGUCAGCUCGAUAUCAAAAUUGCCUUGCUCGUUAAGAACAAGAUUACCCUGGACGAAGUUGUCAAGCAUCAAAAGCACUUUGGUGGCCAUAUUGGGAACCUACUGUCCAAUACCGAUAUCUCCUCCAAGGACCCCUACGAUCUCAAGGCUUUGAACAAGACCUCAAGGAAGAAGCUGGACCAGUACCAAGUGUUUUUCUUCCUCCUACAAACCCAAUCACAAUACCUUGCCCGGCUGUUCCGUCGCCUACGUGAGCUCAAUACCUCGGACAAGGAGUAUGAGAGGAUCAGACACUUGAUGAUGGGUCUCUUUGGAUACUCACAGAAGAGACGUGAAGAGUAUUACCUUGUCAGGCUUCUUGCUCGUUCCGUUAAGGAGGAUAUCGAAAACUUCACCUCGCUCCCUGAAUACCUGCGCUCCCACGCGUUCUGGAACAGGCUCUUCGGCUCCUACGCGAAAUCGCCCCGGGACCGCAAAUUCAUGCGCGAUGUUCUUGGCACCGUGGUGAAACAAUCCGUUAUCGAAAAUCCCGAGCUUGACCUUGAGAGCGAUCCCAUCCAGAUUUACCGUUCUUCCAUCAACAACGAGGAACUUCGUACAGGUCAACGCAGCCGUCGACGACCAGACCUUCCCCGAGAAGAAGCCAUCAGAGAUCCUGAGACUCGAGAGACGUUCAUACAGCACUUGCAAGAUCUGCGUGACAUUGCGGAUCAAUUCUUUGCUGCUUUCGAGGAUUUCUUGUACCGCAUGCCAUUCGGUAUCAGAUACCUCGCCCAGCAGAUGUAUGAGAACCUGCUUGGCCGAUUUCCAAACGAGGAUCCCGGAUUUGUGCUUCAAACGGUUGGCCACUGGGUGUGGAAGAAUUAUUUCCAGCCCGCUCUUCUCGAGCCAGAGAAGUACGGUGUUGUGGAUCGCGGUCUUACCCAAGAACAAAAGAGAAACCUUGGCGAGAUCGCGAAGGUUGUGACCCAAGUCGCUUCCGGCAGACUUUUUGGCGCUGAAAAUGUCUACCUCCAACCUCUUAAUUCCUAUGUCGGCGAGUCAAUACAGAGGCUCGGCCAGAUCUGGGGCCAAACAGUGAUCUCGGUUCAGGAUGCCGAAGCCUACUUUGACAUCGACGAGUUUAACGAUCUUUACGCCAAGGCUAAACCAACUCUGUACAUCAAGAUGUCCGACAUUUUUUCGAUUCACCAACUUGUGGCUUCCGAAAUCGACUUCAUGUGUCCACACCCCGAUGACAUCCUGAAACAGCUUGUGCGCGAUCUUGGCAACGUGAAAAGCAAUGAGAACGAGUUGAUGAGUGUCAGCUCCACGGAGAUAAACCUAACACUCAACCCGAAGCUGGCGCAAACUGAAGACCCAGAAGCGGAAGUCAAGGCCCUGUUUAUGGAGACCAAGCGAUGCAUCCUCUACAUCAUUCGAGUUCAGACCGGUGCCAACUUGAUGGAUAUCAUGCUCAAGCCUCCGAGCCUCGAAGAUGAACAACGGUGGGAGACUUUGGUCCGAGAGGAACUGAAUACGAAUAGCCCUCGUCGCGGUGCCUACUCCGAGGCUAGUACCUUGAUUGACAUCGGAUCCAUUGGCUACACAGAACUGAAGGGCAUUGCGCUGGAGAAUAUUCUUCGCCUCGAGCAGGCUGGCAAGAUUAGUCGGCAUAACCACUAUCAAGAUCUCUUGAACGCCAUUGCAAGUGACAUCCGCACCAAGCAUCGCCGCCGAAUUCAGCGAGAGCGAGAGCUGGAGGGGGCGCGGAUGACCUCUGGCCGUCUCAAUGAUCAAGCCAUCUACUUAGAUCAACAGCUCAAGACCUACAACGACUAUAUUGAGCAGGCGAUGAUCACGCUGCAGAACAAGAAGGGCAAGAAGCGAUUCCUUAUGCCCUUUACUAAGCAGUGGGAUCACCAGCGAGAGCUCCAGAAGUCGGGCAAGAUCUUCAAGUUUGGUUCAUACAAGUACUCCGCUCGCACCUUGGCCGACCGAGGUGUGCUUGUCGGCUGGAAGGGUUACAGCGAGCGCCAGUACGACCGGGUGGACCUGACCAUCUCCAGUAAUGAAGUAGGAGUUUUCACCAUUGAUGGCAGCAGCGGCAACAUGAUGGUUCCUGGUGCCAAUGCCCAAGUACCACUCGACGACCUACUACAAGCCCAAUUCAACAACACGCAAUUCAUGGACUUCUUCGACGGGCAGAUGCGGGUCAACGUUAACCUUUUCCUACACUUGAUCAUGAAGAAGUUUUACAACGAAUGA